AUGCUCUCCCUACUCCCAUACACAGUCCAGUCCGGCCUCGAACGUAUCCGCAAUGUUCACAGAGGCGUGAGGCAACCCAGCACCAGCCUCGGCCCGCAAAUCGAUUCCACGCCGAGAUUUCAAGAACUAGAUUCCUCAGCGGACGAAAGCGGCGAAGCCACGCCGCCGCUGCCCACGCGGCCAGGAAGCCAAAGCCCGUGGAACGGAAAGGCAACAGGAAACCGGAGGACCCUAAGAACCACCGGUCUCAGACAACGAGCAGGCUACGGCGCAAGUACAGGGCCGACGGGCACGGGGUACACCACUGCUCAUUGCAGCGGGGAGAGCACGCCGAGCAGCCUGACGACGGAGGAGGUUGAGGCGGAGUAUAGCAUCGAGGAGAGGGAGAUGGCGUCGUUGAUGGAGGAUGUUCGCGAUGCCUUGCUCGUGUUGGAUGAUGCGGAUAGGCGUCCAAGGGGGAACUCGGCGGGGACUGUGGAAUCCGAGACAUUUCCUGCAAGGCCGAGAAAGGACUCGGGCAUCAAGUGGGACUCCGUCCGCCGUGGACUCACAAAAAUCUCUAUCGCCCGCGACGAAAAAUCACAACCCCUCUCCUCCCGAAACCCCUCCUUCGAACGCACCGAAUACAUAGGCGGCCUCCGCCACCUCCUAACCUCUCUCCCGCCGGACCUCACCCCCGCCGAAAUCUCCGCCCUCCGCUCCUCCCUCCCCCGCCCCCUCCACCCCUCCUCCCCGCACAUGCACCCUUCCUCGGCCGGCGGUCCGCCGCCUCCUUCCGUCCUCCACCGCCUCGUGAAGACCGUGGUGGCGGCUUACCUCGUCAUAAUAGGCAUGCUGCUCCCUCACAUCCUAGCCGCUUUCCAUGCUGCUGCACGUGCGGAGAGGAAGUACCAUGUUGGGGGUGCGUUGGUCGGCGGCGCUGUCGAUAUGGCUCGCUCGGCUGCUAGGCAGGUCGCUACUAUGUCGGUUGGUGGGGACAGGACUGUGGGGGAGGCUGUUGCGAGUGGUAUUGCGUGGACGGUUAGCGGUGUUGCGGGUGGUGUGGCUGAUGGCUUGGGGGAGGGCUUGGUUAUCAUUCAGGAGAGGAGGCGGUUUUGA